CCGCUGCCGCGCGCGCAGUCCGGGCGAUGCGGGCGGGCGCGCGGCGGCGCGCGGCGCUGGUGCUGCUGGCGGCGCUCGCGGCCUGGGGCGCGCGGGCCCAGCGCCCCGGGGACCCCGCGGAAAACGGGACGCGUUGCAUCCUCUCGUCUUCAUCGGAGUUUCCUGAAGGAUUUUUCACACCGCAGGAGAGGAAGGAUGGAGGAAUCGUUAUCUACUUCAUCAUUAUACUGUACAUGUUUUUGGCCGUGUCCAUUGUGUGCGAUGACUACUUCCUACCUUCCCUAGAGAUCAUCAGUGAAUGCCUUGGCCUCUCACAGGAUGUAGCUGGAGCAACUUUUAUGGCUGCUGGAAGCUCUGCUCCAGAGCUUGUCACUGCUUUUCUAGGAGCUUUUGUGACAAAGGGAGAUAUCGGCGUCAGCACCAUCCUUGGAUCAGCAAUAUAUAAUCUUCUUGGUAUUUCUGCAGCUUGUGGGCUGUUUUCCAGUGUGGUUUCGAGGCUAUCCUGUUGGCCGCUGUUCAGAGACUGUCUGGCAUACACCAUCAGUGCAGCAGCGGUCCUUGCCAUGAUAUCUGACAACAGAAUUUACUGGUAUGAAAGUGCAUCCCUAUUAUUGAUAUAUGGGUGUUAUAUUCUGGUACUAUGUUUUGACAUUAAAAUCAACCAAUACCUCAUGAAAAAGUUCAGUCCCUGCUGUGCGUGUUUUACCAAAGCUCUGGAAGAGAACACGGAGCAGCAGCCACUGGUUGGAUGGAGGGAUGAGAGUGGGCCUCUGAUCCGUCAACAGUCGCGAACAGACAGCGGAAUUUUUCAAGACGAGCUGGACUACUCUCACCUUUCAACAAGCUUACAUGGGCUCGAUGAAAUCUCUGAAGAUCAUCCAAAUGUCUUUACUAUGCCUGAAGCAGAUAUGAAGAGAAUUUUGUGGGUGUUAUCUCUUCCUAUUAUCACAUUACUCUAUUUAACUAUACCAGAUUGCAGAAGACAGUUUUGGAGGAACUGGUUCAUGGUGACAUUUUUAAUUUCAGCAGCAUGGAUUUCUGCAAUAACUUAUGUUCUUGUAUGGAUGGUAACAAUAGCAGGUGAAACGCUGGGAAUCCCAGAGUCAGUCAUGGGUCUCACAUUACUUGCAGCAGGAACCAGUGUACCAGAUACAGUUGCAAGUGUGCUGGUGGCUCGAAAAGGAAAUGGAGAUAUGGCUAUGUCUAACAUUGUAGGAUCCAAUGUAUUUGAUAUGCUCUGUUUGGGAAUACCCUGGUUUAUAAAAACUGCCUUCAUAAAUACAUCAGGACCCAUAGAAGUGAACAGCAGUGGUCUGACAUACACAGCCAUUUCUCUUAUCUGUUCUGUUGGUUUUAUUUUUCUGGCAGUUCACCUGAAUGGCUGGAAAAUAGAUAAAAAAUUGGGAACAAUUUGUCUUGUCCUGUACUUAGUAUUUACUGUUUUAUCAAUUUUAUAUGAACUUGGCAUCAUAGGAAACAAUCCUACAAGAGUCUGUGGUAACUAGUUUUAAUCAGUGAUUAUGCUGAUGAAAAAAAAAAUAAAAGCAGGAGAAAAAGAUCAGUUUCUUCAUUUAGUCAAAAUAAAACUUAAAAAACCAACUCCAAACUCCCGUUGGGCUCUAAAUCUUAUAUACAGAACUAAGUAAUGUCAUUAAAGUAAUAUUAAGUAGAACAAAAACAUCACAGCCUAAUUGGAGCCCUUUCUUUUAGAGUCAAGAAUUACAGUAUGACUACAACGCACAUAUAAAACCAAAAUUCUGAAAAAGACAUCUACUUCUUACAUUACAAUGUUGAUACACACAUUUGGCGGGGAAAAAAAAGAUCAGAAAACACUAAAUAAAUCCCACUAUGCAAUCUGGAGAUUAACAGAGAAAAUGGCUUAUUUUAUUAAAAACAGUAUAACCAUUCAUUUAAACUGAAUGACUAGAGACACUUGGCCUAAUUUUCCAAAGGCACUGAGCAUCCAAAGCAUCCCCGGUCUAUAGGGAGCUGCAGGUGCUCAGUGCCUUUAAAAAAAACAACAAAAAUCAGGCGAAUUGUCUUUAAAAACCAAACAUAGUAAGAUUCAGUUAACAAGUAUCACAGUAUAUUAAACACUAUACUGUUAAAGGCUGGUGGGAUUUAAAAGUUCCUUUUUACAGCUUUUGUAAGCAUACAAUGUUACUAAAAAUGACUUACUAAGACAGAGAAGCUAAACAGACAGAGGAAUGUUCCUGAACACAGAGUUUUAAAUUAUGCAUUGCGAUCCAAGCGGACAUCAAUUUCUCUGCCACUGAUUUUUAUGCCGUUCAUUAUCCUACAGGCCUUUUCAGCAGAUUCUGGUGAGUCAAAUCUGACUGUUCCACAGCCCUUUGAUUUUCCAUUCUCCAUUUUUAUUUCUGCAAACAUUACAUGACCUGAAUAAAUAAGUUAAACAGCAGUUAUUUUAAGUCCUCAGUGUACUAACAACUUAAAGAACUCAGAAGUAAUAAAAAACAUUUUAAAGUAUAAUCUAGGGGAACAUUUGAAAUUUGCACUUUCAGACUGAUGGCACAUUCACUCAUUCAGGCAAGGUGAUACAGGACAAAACAGCAGGAAAGAAUCCAAAUCCAGAUCCACUAUCUCGAAUCUCUCCUGAAGUAUGCCUGUAUUUGACCUCAAGUUUGAAACAAAGUGCCCUGUAAGACUCAGGGAAAGGUUUGUGUUUCAUACUGACAGAAGUGUGAGUAUUGACAGGCAUUAACCAAACUGUAGCUUAAUCCAGGCCACCCUGUUCAUCACAGAAACCUACCAAGUAACAGUCACAAACAAGCAAUUUUUGGUAAGAAGCUGCAGAGCAAAAUUAAAGCCUUUAAAACAAUAAAGUUACCAGUCUGGGAGUGGUUCAAAAGUAGCAUGCACUAUCCAAUUCCUGCUGAGCUUCCUUGAGGUUGGACACUCAACUCACAAGGAAAUAUUUUUAUAAAGAUGAGUUUUUGCUUAUGGUAUGUUGUAGCACACUCCUCCUAAGCCCCUGAAUGUCACUAGGAACAAAAAACUUUUCCCUGAAAUACAAAGCCUUUUAUUUUUAAAUAUCAUCUAAGACUGUCCUUUCACUGAAAGAAACUGAACACUGGGGAACAGUCUUUGUAUUUCUUUAUGAUACUGACAUGAACACCAUCUGUUGCUUAUAAUUCUCAAAAGCAACUGAACACAAUUACUACAUCUAUUAGCUGACAGAGAUAAUGAAAAAAAAUUCUGAACUAUCUGAAAGUUGCCCAAGAGGUUAGGACUUAAAAAAAUAAAGAACCUGUUGUGCUAUAUCCUCCAUAUACAAAGAAAACAUCAACAACUUGUAAUUUUUCAUAAUUCAACUGUGAAGUCUAAUUUAUAUCAGAUCUGUAAACAGCUGUAUGAUAAUUGUCUAAGGCAUCAGUAGUAUGUUUAAAAUUAUUGAUCUUUUCUGUCCACCCAAAAUAAGAAGUCAUCCUGUAAUUCAGUUAAAGCUCUCUGUUCUGAAAAUGCGUUUUCAAAACAUAUCAUGUAUUUUGACACUCAAGCUUUAUUUUUCACUUAUUUCUCUGAAAAGACCAACUUUUCUGAAUUAGAUAAAACCAAUUAUUGAAUAUUUGUAGCAAACCUUUAUCUCUUAAGAAAAAGAGGGACAUUACAGCCUGCAAAUGUACUAAUCAGGAUCAUCUAGAUCUAUAAAACCUGUAAUACUACACUGGCAAAACUACUAACUGAUUUGAUGCAGCACCAUUUCUAAAGUAAUGCAGGACCUGGACAGACCCAGGCUCCUGCACAUAUUUAGCUCAUAGGAAACACUACAUUAUAUACUUUUACUGGCCAGGGACUAUGUCAAAAAAGAGAAAAAAAUCAAAGAGUAAUUUUAUUAAAGGAAGAGGUUAAAGUUUAUAGCAAGUGAGCACUCAGAGCCAACAUAACUCAUACUGUACCUUGGUCUUGUGUUCUGUCAUGCCUAAAAAUUAUUUAUAUCAUUCAAGAAAGCUGGGUGAAGCAAGAAAAAUUAAUCUAGCCAGACUCUUCUUCAGAGUCAGACAACGGUCUUCCUGAUAUCAUCUAAUAAACACCAUGCAACACAUGAAGUCCAUGGAGAUGAACAGGGGUAAGGUUCAUAUACAUACCACAUUGACUGAAUUUCUCCUUUAGCUUCUGCCAGGUCAAGUCAAAAGGAAGCUAAAAUAAAAAAGUAUUAUUGAUAACAAAAUAUUACAACGAGAAUAAGAGCUUGUAAUCAAACAUUCACACAAAAUAAGCUUGUGGUUCCUAUACAUUUAAUUGCUUACAUUUCUCACAAAUAUCUGGUUGCCUUUAGAGCCUAAUCUCUCUCUCAUGCCACCUCCCAUCGGGCCAGGCCCAAAUCCUCGGUCGAUGUCCAUGUUCCUGUCCAGGCCUCCACCCAUGGCAGGUCCCAUUCGAUCAAAACCGGAACCCAUCCGAUCCAUUCCCAUUCCUCCAGCCAUAUUGUUCAUACCACCCAUGCCACCACCUACACAGAGAAAGAAAUGGAGGAUAAAAUAAAAUCUCCUUUUAGUAAUAAACACACAGGUAUUUGGUAAAAAAUAAAGUUCUUGUUUCAGGAGAAGAAAAACUUCAUUAAAACUGCUGUAAUAUAAACCAUAACUUUUAUACAUGCACAGUGAUUUAUCAAGGAGCAUGGCUAGUAUUUUAAGACAAAGUAUUACACAAGAUAUAGAGUGUCAGUUCUAAAAUAGUAAAACCAAACUGCAUCAAGCUAUUAGUCAUACCAUCCAACGUAGCAAAAUGUUGAACACAAGAAUUUAAAGUCUGUCUUGUUUAACUAAAAAAAAUAUGAUAACCUUUACCAAAAAGAUCAAAUAAAUAACUGUGGCAAUACUUAGAUACAGAUAAUUUGAGCAGAUAUACUAUUGUUUAUUUGGCUUCCUUCGUUUAUAUUCAGCUUAACUUAAUGCAGCCAUACCCACACCUAAUUACAAAAUCUUCUAGAGAAGGCUUUUUUUGCCAAGAACAGAAGUUACCGCAAGUACUGUAAAGAGCAUGAACUUUCCUACACGUCAUGGUUCAAACCCCAAUAAAAAGUACAUACAUGGAAUAAAAUGUAUUAAUUUAUUUACAUAAGUAACUAAGAGCAAUAGCAUUCAAAUGCUAUAAUAUUUCUGGAUUCAUAAUUAAAAAUUAAUGUACAGUAAAAUGAUCAAGAUCGUUCAUGAGGGACCCUCUCUUCAAGCUUUAUGCAUUCUAAGAUUAGCACUAGCAACAUUUUAGUUUCUCAUCUGCUCUAGUCUGAGGAACUCAGAUAGCUGGUGCAGUACAAACUCAGUAUUGGAGCUUUGCACAAAAUUAAACUGGAGGAUAAUCUGAAAUUCAAUGAUUUUUUAUUUCAAUGAUGACAGAUUACUGAGGUUCAGUUGCAUGAAGUUUACUCAAAUAACUGCCUUUUUUUCUGAAACACGAGUUUGCUUUAAUCACUUCUCCCUCCAAACUAGAAGUUGAAACUAUUCCAAAUCUAAGAUUUAGGGAAAGACUGUGUUAGCUAGUUUUCCUCUGAACUUUUACCUCAACAAAACAGCUUUGAAAACUGUUAGACUUGUCACAUGCAACCCAGUUCUACUUCCCUCAACAGCAAGACACUACACUACAGCAAGUUCCUCUGAUACAAGUAGGUGUACAUGGUAUUGUUACAUUGCCUAUGCAUUUAUGUUCUAUUGAAACAAGUUAACCUACUCAUUCCAGAUCUUACUGGGCCCAUGCUAGGUGCUCCCAUUCCUCCUGCAAAAACACCAAUCAUUGCACCACCUAAACAGAGAAAAAUAAUGAAGUGACAUACACUGAAACCACCAGUUAGUGAAAAAAACAAAGCACACACUAAUGAAGUGCACUGUUCUCAAUGUUCCCUGGCAAUAUUUUUCUAUAAGGGCACUUUAGCAUGUGCCUUUACUAUACAAACUAAACAGGAACACCUUGUAAGUAAAGUUAGUCUCUCCUUUUCUACUACAGGAUUUAAGCUAUUCUGAUUUCUUUCUAGCUUUUCUCCCCUCUGACAGCCUGCCAGCAGCACAAACAUGGUAAAACUAAGUGGGCCAUUUCCCACAUUGGGAAAAACAACCUCAAAAUUCAAUGCUUCAUCUUAUAUGAACUUGAUAGUGUAAAAAGUCAACAAUUCUGCUGCAAAUCAAACAUCCUCAAUUCCACCCUGAUACUAUAGCCCAAUCAAAGACACCUUCCUUGAUUUCAAGGUUACUAAAACCAAAUGCCUUCACAGUACUUAUUUUUAAGAUACCAUUAACCUAAACACUGUAAACAGCAGUACAUCAGGACCUCCCCUGAACAAACACAGUAUCUGUUAAAAGUCCCUACAAUUUCCUUCCAUUAUUUAAGCUGAAGCUGGGAAUCUCUAAUCUUGGUUCUCAGGACACAUUCAAAUGGGCAGAUCACAGAUAGUUUGUAAACUGAAGCUUGCUGGAUCUACUGAAUGAAAGACACCCACAUCAGUUUCUCACAGUGACCACGUUCAUGAAUUUUUAAACCAACAUGUUACCAGAAGACUCAGAAGCCUACUGCUUGCAGAAACAUUUAUAACUUAAGUGGCCUUGCAUUUUCACUCAGGAAACAGAUGCUUAUGCAAGUAGCCAGAGUGAAAACAUACACUUGAUUUCUAAGACCUUCAUUCCAAGGCAUUAAGACUAGCUCAAAGGACAAGCUUAUUAUGUUCUUACCACUUCUACACAAUUAUCAGUGCUGAAGAGAAGCACACAACAGUUACCCUUUGUUAUGACUUGCCUCAUCUAAUAUUUUUUUUUUUUAAAAAAACCCAACUUUUAGACCAAAUGAACCUUGUGCUCUUAGGAGUUCUUCUCUUCCAAGGAGGUGAAUUAAGGGAAUGGAAAAGUACAAGAAACAGGGAAGAGGAAGAACAGUUGUCUCUUAUAAUACAUUUUGUGUUCAGUUUCAGGCCCCUUAACAACAAGAAAGACAUAGAGGUACUGGAGCAUGUCCAGAAAAAGGCAACACAGCUGACCAAGGCCCUGGAGCACAAGCCUUGUGAAGAAUGGCUGAGGGAGAAGAGGAAGAGACUCAGGGAGGACCUUUCUGCUCUCUGUAACUAUCUGAAAGGAGGUUGCAGAGACAUGGGGUCAGUCUCUUCCACCAAUAACAAGCAAAACAACAAGAGGAAAUGGCUUCAAGUUAAACCAGGGAGGUUCAGAUUGGAUAUCAGAAAAAAUGCUUCACAGGAAGAGUUGUCAAUCAUACAAACAUACUGACCAACAAAGUGGUGGCAUUACCAUCCCUGAAGGGAUUUAAAAGACAUGUACACGUGGUUCUUGGUAACCUGGUGUAGUGGUGGACUUGUCAGUGUUGGGUUAAAGGCUGGGCUCGGUGAUCUUUUCCAACCUGAGGGAUUGUGUGAUUCAUCCAGGUAACAGCAUAGUAACAAAGGGCAAGAAGGCUCUAUUGUUGAGCUCUUCCACACCUUUGAAGAUGGAAGAGUAACUCAUUCGAGUGAACCCCACUGCCAAGAAGACAUCAUCUAUUAACAAAAUAAUCCUGGCUCAGUUACAGAAGAGGCCAAUAAAUACCAUUCUGAGCUACAGGAGCUCAGGAGGUAGGACAAAAACUGAAAGCACCAAAAUGCAACACUCCUGUCCAAUGCUACCUGAUCUGCAGUAGAAACAGUCUUACAAAGUGCAUUUGCAAAACAGGCUCAUGGAAGUUACAAAGGCUGUACAUGGACACCUUGUUCAGGAUUAUCAGAAGCAUAUACUUCAACACCCCAAAGAUUUAAUGCCCCACAAAAUAUAGAGUAUGAAGGUAAAUGCUUUCCUCAAACAGCUAUUCCAUAUAUUUUUUACAGAGGGAAAAAAACCCUCCACACCUGAACUCCUGUCUUAAGUGGUGACUGUAAUGAACAUUCAGUUUACAUCCUUACAGUAAUGACUGGGGGAGAAGAGAUAGAAGAUGACCAAAUGAAACCCGGUCUUCUUCUAGCAAAGUUCUUCUAAUACUAUGUCACAGAAAAUUUAACAGUUACCAUACCCAUCCUUCCAAAAGACUCUCCAAAACCACGGUUCAAUGCCAUGUCACCACGACCAAAUUCUCUUUCCAUGUUUGCUCCCAUUCCACCACGGAACAUUUCUGUAAAGAAUGAAGCAAAAAACCAGGAAUGUUCUGUUAUUUACAUCUAAGUUGAUGCUCCUACAACACUUCUUUCACAGCCGCUUGUUUAAAUAGAAGUGAGUCUAAUGCACAAGCCAGAGGCACCUAUUACACACUCAACUGUCCUGCCAGUUCCUAGGCCUCCACUCAUGCAACUACUUCCUUUGAACUCAUCUAUAUUACCCAUCCCUAAAUGGAGGGCUUUUAAUAAAUAAAUAGCAGCAAGGUAAUAGCUGUACAGGAACGGUGUUCAACUACCUCCCAUUCGGUUGACUCCAAAUCCUCCCAUGUUAGGCAUUCCUUCAGGCAUUCCACGAAAUCCAGGAAGCCCUGCAAAAUAAGGAAAAAUGUUUUCUCUACAGUAUUAAAUAAAUAUUUAAUGCAAAAAACUUCAUUGCACGUACCGCCUCCCAUUCUACUCAUUCCACCAAAUCCUGGGCCGUCUAUUCCCAUACCUUUAAACCAAAAAGAUAAACAACACUUAGUACACCUAAUGGAUUUCUAAAAAGUCAGACAGAGUUAAAAUCUCAAAAGCACACUAGACAAGGCUUGCUUUGUCAAAAGUCUGUCAUUUUUGCAAACACAGAAAUUACAAUUUUAAACUUUAAAAUUUUUAACAAGCUUUGUAUAACUUAAAAAUGAAGAAUAUGGAUUUACCUCCUGGACCCAUGCUCCCCAUUCCACCACCCAUGCUCAGCUGUGUUGCACUGAUGGGCUGUCCACCUGGUCCAAGUCCCAUACCAAUGCCACCAAGACCACCUCAAAAACAAAGAAAAGUAAGUAUGAUCAGAAGAGAGACCUUCCUCUGUAUCACAGAAACCAGUUAGCAAAAGUGUUGCUAAACUGUACGAAAACAUGGAUCACCAUAUACUAAGUGCAAGGAGUAGAAAACAGAGCAGGCACUCACGAGGUAAUUGUGAGCUUUUGCUGUCCACAACACGGAAAUCUUCAUGAGGAACUGAUUUGUCAUCCUGACAAAAAACAAGGAUGUUAUGCUAUGAUCCCUUCAAUAUUUUGGUAGAGACAUGUAAGUAGAAAGAAAUGAAAGCAACCUACCAUUUUAACAUGCAUGGGUCUAUCAAAUAGGAAUUGUCCAUUGAACAUAGCUGAAGAAAUGCAAGUCAAGGAGUCUUAAGAAGGCAAUUUAACUGUUUCUGAAGAAUCAAUGCAAUAACUUAUUAAAUUUUUGUACAAUUACUAUGAGUCUUAUCUUUCCCUAUUUUAACUUUAGAAACCCAAUUCAAGGGCCAGAAGAUGCAAUACAAGCUGUUAGGUACACUGUUAGUUUCACAAUUGUCACACUGCCAGGUAUUUUAAUUUUGUUCAACAUCAUGAGGACAUUUUAGAAUUUAGUAGUAAAUUCAGGCAUUACAAAUGUAAUCUGCACAGUAUUACACUCUAGUCCCUAUAUCGUAGCUACAAAGGCAAUAAGCACCAUUUGCAAAACUACGCUGCCAGAACCAUUAGAUUAAUCAAUAUAUGAUCAAUUAUUUUCCAAAACCAAAGAUACAUAUUGCUUGAACAGCUUCAAUUGCUUGUUCAAAGGUAACUGUCCCCAUUCCUCGACUCUUGCCAUCUUUAUCUUCUUUGAUGUCUGCACGCUUCACAGUUCCAGCAAUGCUGAAUACCUCCUUCAGUUUCUUCCAGCCAACUUUGAAGUCAA